CACGUCGAUACUGUAGGCUGGGUAUUGUUGUCAAAUAAAAAGAACCGUCUCAAGCCUUUCUAUUUAGUUCAGUGACAGUAUAAUAUAGCGACAGUUAGUUUAUAGCCAUUGGGGGGUAGUUGCAUAUAUAAUUGUAUGUAAUAUGUAGGUAUUGAUCUAUCAUACGAAUAUCAACUGUAUUUAUGACAUUUGUUUAGUGUAUGAAAUUACCGGAAUUAGUGACCCAUUAUCAUAAGUAAAGACUGGCCUACAGAUGUACAGUGAUUUAUUUAUGGUUAGUACUAUACAAGUCAGAUCUGAUAAACUAAGAUGGUUAUAAAUAUAUUAACAGCAGUAGGUUUUCUACAGCUUCUAGUCGGCUAUAAUGGUCAAUUAAUAACAAUAGUUGAGAAAGAACCAUUGCCUGAUAAUGUGAGAUUUGUAAAGGAGCCUAAAGACACAGUGGUCCUAAGUCCGGUGGAAGAAAUUAAACUGGAUUGCUUAGCUAAUUUUACAAGUAAACCAAUAAAUUACAAAUGGUACAAGAUUGAAGUAGUGGGCAAAACUCCAAUAAUCGACGGCCAGGGUUUCACAUUCGUAGAAGAUGGAAUUUUAUUUAAUACGACUUUAGAAAAUGGUGAACAAAGUGGCAUCUAUCAAUGUGAAGCUAAUGCGACUAGUUAUUCCAUUUUGAGUCGCACUGCUCGAGUUACAUUUGCAGUCGCAGUUCCCAGUGGAUCAUUACCACGUCAGCCAAUUAGAGGAUUUCAGUACGCAUCAAUAGUUAUAUCUUCUGAUAUCCGAAGAUUUUCUAUUCAAGAUCUCGAAUACAAGUGGAUGAAGGGCACCAAUAGUACAAGUGCUAUACCGAUACCCCUGGAUUCUCCCAGAAUCUUUACGUCGCAUGAUGGUAUCUUAUACUUUGGUGAACUCCAAUUGGAAGAUGCGGGUGAAUACACUGCUCAAGCUACAUUUAGAAUUAUAGAAGAUAACAAUACUAUUUAUCUUGGUGAUCCCACGAAAAACCAACAAACAUCUAAAACAGUAACCUUAACUGUUCAACCACAAGCAAAACCCAGUGAAGAAGAACUCAUUAUAGGUGAUCAUUUUCCUCAGGUUUUCCCCCGUCAACCAACAUUUGGACAAACUAUUGAUUUGGAAUGCUUUGCUUUCGGGAGUCCGUUAACAUAUUCUUGGACAUUUAACGGAGAACCAUUGAAAAAUAAAACGAGAUUGUCAGACAACAACCGCAGGAUGUCCAUACCAGAUGCCCAACUCGAUGACGAAGGGAAUUAUACCUGCACGGCUGCCAACAACAGUACAAAUACAUCCAGAAAUUUAUUGUUACAAAUCAAAGGUCGACCAAUUUUUUCAUUAGCAUUAUCUGAUGGUGAGGUAAAGGAGAAUGCGUUUCAUAAACUAACCUGUUUAUCUUAUGGACCGGCGAAACCGGUCAUAACGUGGUACAGAAAUGGGGAACCCAUUCGAAAUAUUACGGACAGAUAUUAUGCAGACAACAAAUAUUUUAUUAUAUUAAGUCCAAAGAUUGGUCGAGAUGAUGGUAUUUUCCAAUGUGCUGCAAAAAAUGCAUAUGGAACCAUUUAUUCCACAGCUAAAAUAACUAUAGCAGCUGUGCCACCUGAAGGAAACCAUGGAAUACCAACAAGUUCUUUUAUAAUCUUAAACAUCAUCCUACUCUUUGUACCAUUUUUAUGAGAUAUUUUACAUCUCUUUCGUAAAUCAAAGAACCACAGAUUUUUGGACGUUCAAGAAAAUACACGGUUCAUCGCUGGGUGUUCAUAUUUGUACAUAAAUUAAAACUGACACGUAAUCAUAUUAAAAUCAACUCUGGGUAAUUUUUAAAAAGACAUAUCAACGUUUACGACACUUUGUAUGCUAAAGAGGGGGCGGAGGUGUUACAGCUUUUCAGGUAAAAGAUGGAUUCUUACAUUUUCGUGUUGUCAACAGUAGUCAAGGUAUUAGAUAUUCGACGAUCCAAGCCCAGAUAUGUUCGAGCUAUACACGGUGUUCAGUCAGUUAUAUAGAGGGAUAACUCGUGUUUUCCUUUGGCGUUCGUCACUUGCGAUUCACGACACCUGUAUUACUCAUCUAUCGUAGCAAUGAUCUCUGUGUUAAAAUUAUAUUUGGAAUGUGUUUAACCAGUUCUAUCACAUAUGUGAUAAUGACUGACACCAAUAUUGUCCUUUAAACAUAUAGUUGAAAUAUAUUUAAUAUCCCUUUAACUCGGUUUCGGUUUGCUUAUGCUAUCAUAAAUUGAUCUAGAAUAAUUUCAAACGACAUUACUUUUAGAAAUGUGUUGUUUUAUACACGAUAUGUUAUGUUUUGUAAACGAUAUGUGUUGCUUUGUACAUGAUAUGUGUUGUUUCGUGCGUCAAUUGUUAACAUUGCUCACCUCCCUGGGUUGUUAAAAUAUUGUUUGAUUAGGAACCCAUUAUUUUUUUUAACGUAUUUAUAAAUAAAUAUAAAACUGUU